AUGUCCGACAAUCAUCUACACGAGAAGAACUCAGUCACCGACGUUGAGAAGGAUUCCGCGUCUACUAGGGAUGAUCUCUCUGUGGUCAUCCCCGGAGACAGGCAUGGAUGGCUCUCCCACCCGUUAGCAAAGUCCCUUCUCAGUUGGGGCGUGGAGGAGCGAGGCACUAUUCCAGUUCCUGAAGAGGAGCGGGUGGACACCCAAUACUAUAAAAUUUUCUUUGUUUGGUUCUCAAUGAACUUCAAUAUCCUCUCCUUUUCUACCGGAACCCUCGGUCCAAUCUCUUUCGGACUUGGACUUCGUGAUUCCUGUCUCGUUAUCUUAUUCUUUAAUAUCCUGGCAUGCGCGUUACCUGCAUAUUUAAAUACUUGGGGUCCCAAAACUGGCAUGCGUCAGAUGACUCAAUCUAGAUAUAGCUUUGGCUACUUUGGCAUUAUUAUACCCGCCAUUCUCAAUUUGAUCGGCCUGUGUGGCUUCAAUAUCGUCAAUGGUAUACUCGGUGGACAGGCACUAGCUAGUGUGUCUAGUGAUAUGAGUUGGGAUGUCGGCAUUGUGAUUAUCUUCGUCAUUGCGCUCCUCAUCUCCUUCAUGGGCUACAGAGUACUCAACUGGUACGAACGUGUUUCGUGGUUCCCAGUUCUUAUCGCAUUCCUGGUUGCACUUGGCGUGGGUGGCAAGAACUUGUACAACGUUCAACCAGCGGUACCUGCAUCUGCUGCUUCAAUUUUCAGCUUCGCAUCUGUCAUUGCUGGAUUCGUUAUUACCUACUCGGCUAUGGCAUCCGAUUUCACGAUGUACUACUCGCCUACCGUUCCUCGGUCCAGGAUCUUUUGGUAUGCAUAUCUGGGAUACAUUGUGCCUAUCGUCCUUCUCGAGUGCCUUGGAGCUGCAGUAGUCCUUGCUGCACCAAACGUUCCUAGCUGGGCUGAGGGUUACGGAGCGGACCAAAACGUCAGCGGCCUCUUGGAGGCGAUGCUCAGCCCGGUUGGUAACUUUGGGAAAUUCCUCACUGUUCUUCUCAGUCUGAGCGUCACCGCCAACAUCGCGUGCACGCUUUACUCUAUGUGUUUCAAUUUCCAAGUGAUGAUCCCGGCCAUGUCAAAAGUCCCAAGAUAUGUCUUCUCGAUCGUUGGCACGGUAAUCGCAUUGCCUUUAUCGAUCGUGGGCGCCCACAAAUUCUAUGCGACAUUGACCGAUUUCCUUUCACUAAUCGGUUACUGGGCAAGUGCGUAUGGCGCCAUCGUUCUUGUCGAACACCAUUACUUCCGCAAAGGUGACUUCAGCACCUAUAACCACGCCAUUUGGAAUGUUCCGGGGCGUCUGCCCUGGGGAGCAGCCGCUAUCGCAGCUGUCAUACUGUCUUUCGCCCUGAUCAUACCCUGCAUGAACCAGUUGUGGUAUGAGGGCCCCAUUGGCAUCACCUCGGGUGAUAUUGGCUUCGAGGUUGCAUUCCCUCUUGCAGGUCUACUUUACUUCCCCCUCCGAAAGCUGGAGCUCAAAUACCAGAAUACCCAAUAUUAAGCACCGCUCGGUCAAGAUAGUUGCAAGUUAGAUGUACGAUGUACUAUGGAACGUGUACCGUCUUGCUAUGCCUAUAUUUAUAUUUUCUUACCUUAAAUCACAAUCUAGGGUCGCUCCCAUUUCUCGCCCAUGAUAACUUCAUCCUACUGGUCCCUGCUCGCACCUUCUAUACUGAGAUAAUGUAUGCUCACGAACAGCUCAUUGCAAAUCGAAAUCUCCGAGAUAUCAUCCACGCUCCUUGUGACUCAAUGCAGCCAUCUCAAGGGUGAAGGGUCAUUCCCAUAGUAUAUAACCAUGGAUAAAUAUAUCAAAUCCCGCACUUUCGCACCU